AUGCGUUCUAACAAGCUUUUGUUUCUUUGCUUUUUGGCACUGUACUUCAUUGCGGGUUUAUCCCUUUUGAUUGCUGGAAGUGUUGCGCAUCAACAAGCAUUACAGUUGUCAACUAUUACGGGCUACUCAUUGGUUUCCAGUGCGGGUUUUAUAAUUGCAUUAGGUGUGAUUAUUCUGAUUCUCACAGCAGUUGGCUUCCUUGGAGCAUAUAAAAAUCGUUUAAGUUUAUUAAAAAUCUUCAUUGGUUCAUUAAUACUUAUUCUUUUACUUCAAUUGAUCGCUUCAAUUGUUGCAUUUACACUUCGAAACAAAGCAGAAGAUCAAUUGCGUACAAAAUUAAUCAAAACCUUACCUGAAUACAAGACAAAUCCAUCAGUUAAGAAAGAAUGGGAUCGUCUCCAACAAAAAUGGAAGUGCUGUGGUGUUACUAAUUCAACAGAUUGGAUUAACCACGGUGGUAUAGAUAUAGAUCUUCCAACCUCGUGCUGCGCCAAUAAUGAUUGUACUCAAUCCAGUCCGUCAACAAAAUAUACAGCUGGUUGUUAUCAAUCUGCAUUGAAUCUUUUCUUUCGAUAUUCGAAAACUUUAGGUGUUAUUACACUCUUUUUCUUUAUUAUCGAAAUCGCUGGUUUAGUUUUAAGUGUUCAACUUCUUCGUGAAUUGAAGAAUAACUAUGGAAGUGUUUAG